GAGAAGAAUCAUAGUGUUGGAAGCGGAGUUAGAAGAAAUUCAUUUUUGGGAUGCAGAGUUGGUAGAAGAGGGUUGGAGAAGAGAUAAGGAGCAUUGGAGAGUUGUUCAAGAAAAAAAUCAGUUGUGGGUUCAGGUUGCUGAGUUAGAGAGUCGUAUAGAUAGUGUUGCAAUAGAUUUAGAUGUAGAAUUUGAUUUGUAA